AUGGGUUGUGCAAUAUUGCUUGUGCAACUCACUUUGAUUGGAGCGAUUUUAGCAGCAACACCAACGACAGCCGCAACUCAGCCCAACCCAGGUUGCGCCACCACCUGCGGAGACCUUAACAUCCCCUUCCCAUUCGGCACAAGCUCGGAUUGUUACCUGGACCCUUCCUUCCUCAUCACCUGUAACGAAACUCAUUUCAACCCUCCCAGACCAUUUCUGCGCCUAGGCACCAUACAAGUACUUAACAUAUCACUCGAUGGCCUAAUGCUCGUCUCGUCUAACGUGGCACAAGACUGUUACAACCAGUCUGGUCUGGUUGAGAGACGCCCCGCCUCACUCAAGCUGUCGAGUUUCUUCAUCUCCAACACGCUGAACAAGUUCACGGCCAUUGGGUGCGACACGGUGGCAGUUGUUCUAGGUACUUUGGGGGAGAAUUACACAACUGGUUGUUUAUCACUAUGUGAUCAUUUGGGGAGUGUAGUCAACCAAUCGUGUUCGGGUGUCGGAUGCUGCCAGACUGCAAUACCACAAGCAGCAAGGGAUUUUUCGGUGGGUAUUGCGAGCUUAAACAAUCAUUCUCUUGUACAAGAUUUUAAUCCAUGUGGUUAUGCUUUUGUAGUCGAAGAAGCGGCUUUUAGCUUCUCAUCGUUAGAUCUAAAGGAUUUACAAAAGAGAGAGACUGUCCCUGUGGUGCUUGAUUGGGCUGUGGGAAAUGAGACAUGUGAAGAAGCUAUGAAAAACUCAUCAAGCUAUGCUUGUCAAGCCCUUCAUAGCCAAUGCCUCAAUUCAACUAAUGGACCGGGAUAUCGUUGCAGUUGCACAUCAGGUUAUGAAGGGAACCCUUAUCUCAUUGAUGGUUGCCAAGGUAUAAGCAUAGGUCUUCUUGCAAUUGUAGUGGGGAGUUCUUGGAUAUAUUGGAUACUCAGGAAAAGAAAGCUCAUCAAACUCAGAGAAAAGUUCUUCCAGCAAAACGGUGGAAUAAUGCUUCAGCAACAACUCUCAAAACAUGAAGGCUCUGUCGAAACAGCUAGAAUCUUUACCGCUGAAGAUCUAAAGAAGGCUACUAACAACUACGACGAAAGUAGAAUAGUAGGCCAAGGUGGGUUCGGAACAGUUUACAAAGGAGUAUUAUCAGAUGAUAGAAUUGUUGCAAUCAAGAAGUCCAAAAUAAGUGAUCAAACACAGAUUGAGCAAUUCAUCAAUGAGUUGGUUGUUCUUUCCCAAAUUAACCAUAGAAAUGUGGUCAAGCUUUUAGGCUGCUGUUUGGAGACCGAAGUCCCAUUACUAGUUUACGAGUUCAUCACAAAUGGAACACUCUCUGACCAUAUUCACAAUGAAGACCGUGCAUCCUUACUUUCUUGGGAAAUCCGUUUGAAGAUAGCAGCCGAAGCUACUGGAGCACUAUCAUACUUGCACUCCGCAACUUCUCCUGCAAUCAUUCAUAGAGAUAUUAAGUGUACCAACAUACUACUAGACAAUACUUACGCUGCAAAAGUGUCUGACUUUGGAGCUUCAAGGUUGGUUCCUCAUGAUCAUACUCAACUUACCACGUUGGUGCAAGGGACCUUUGGAUAUUUGGAUCCAGAGUACUUCCAUUCAAGCCAGUUGACUGAGAAGAGUGACGUGUAUAGCUUUGGAGUAGUCCUUGCUGAGCUACUUACAGGAGAAAAGGCAAUUUCUUUUGACAGGUCCGAGAACAAUAGAAACCUAGCAAUGUACUUUGUUUCUUCAAUGAAAGAAGAUCAAUUGUUUCAAAUUCUUGACACAAGAAUGGUGAAUGAGGGAACUGUUGGACAGCUCAAUGAAGUUGCUAAGUUGGCGAGGAAGUGCUUAAGGAUAGUCGGAGAGGAAAGGCCUACCAUGAAGGAAGUCGCAAUGGAGCUAGAGGGGAUUAUCCGAAUGAUGGAUAGGCAUCCAUGGAUUGAAGUAGAUUUGUAUCCUGAAGAAACCGAACAAUUGCUUAAUCAGAGUCUACCUUUAGAUGGCUACAAAGAUCGUGUUGCUAGCCAUAAUGGUUGUAGUACAAGUAAAACUACUGGCUAUGAUAGCAUGAGGGACCAGAUUAUAGUGCCAUUAGAUGAUGGGCGGUAGUCUUAUCUUUUAUUGUUUUAGCGAAUUGUGUAAACAUUCUAUCAGUCAUCGUAAUCAAUUUUGAGAGAGAGUUGCAUUACAGACCCUUAAUGAUCUUUUUAAAGUUUAUUACUUUUAUUUCUG